CCUCGCUCUCCCCGCGGAAGAGGCUGCUCUUCGCGGGCUAAGUCUGGCGGUAGAUCUGCUGCAAGCAGGAGGAGUACUGUAGUCCCGUCGGCCGGGGGGGGGGCUAAGUUGAGUAUUCCCCGUUGAGUAUUCCCUCCACUGUUAGCGAAGGGCGCUGAGGGGUAGCCAGGGAAGCAACUGCGGAGCUCAGCGCCGCCUCCUUUUUCUUCCUCUCUUCUUCCUCCCGCCUUUCCUCUUCCUCGCCUGGAUCUGCGGAGAUGAGCAGCGCUAGAGACCGACGCCUACCUCGGCAAAGCUGGUGGGAGAGGAGGCGAUCUGGUUCCGGGCUUCCCUGAGGUGCCACGAGGAUUCCGCCCGCCGGCAUCCGUCUGAAGUGAGUGGAGCGGCCGUCCCUUCGGCCAAGCGCUCCCGCCCUCUGGAUGCUACCGCUGCUGCUGGUCCACGGCUGCCCCCCCUGCGAGGGCGCGGGAGGCGGGGAGCUCGCAUGGCGGCGGCGCAACGGCGGCGGCGGGCUUCGAGGGGGCGGCCCAGACAGCGUCCGAGGUUGCCGGGUCUGCGGGUGGUACGCUGGCGGCGGGCAGCCCCGUGGCGGCGGGCGCUGUGGCUUCUGGCCCUGGGAACCUCGCUGGGUCUGCUCCUGGCGUGGUCGUCUAAUCGGCUUCUGCAUUGGCUGGCCUUCCCGUCUCACACGACGGUGCGCACCGAAUGGAGCCGUCAGCUGGCCUUCCCCGCCGUCACAUUGUGCAACAAUAAUCCGCUCCGUUUCCCGCGCCUCUCCAAAGGCGACCUCUACUACGCCGGCAACUGGCUCGGCCUUCUUCUGCCCAACCGGACGGUGCGGCCUCUGCUUGCUGAGCUCCUGCGCGCCGAACCGGAGCGCCUGCGUUGGUUCGCCAAGUUGGCCGACUUCCGGCUCUUCUUGCCACCGCGCCACUUCGGUGGCAUCAGCGAAGAGUUUGUCGAUCGUCUCGGGCACCGCCUCGAUGACAUGCUCCUCUCCUGCAAGUUCCGAGGCGAAAUGUGCGGUCCGCAUAACUUCUCCGCUAUAGCUUGUCUGGUGUUAAAACAUAAUCAUGUAACUGCAAUGCUGCAAAAUGUGGCCUGGUUGCUGAGUGUCGGAACCACAGCCAUAUGAUUGUGGGGAUAGGAGCCCAACCAUUGGAAUUUUGCAUCCUACAGUCAUAACUAUCCCCACCAGGUAGGUCUGUCAGAACGUUGAGUGAUCACAAAUUGAGGACUACCUAUAUUAAAUCAAAAACAUUCAUUUUAUCAAAUUCCAUUUUCUGGGUAAGGAUUGAGACUAAUCUAUUUUGUUAUCUUUCACAACAGAAAUUCACGGGGCUGCCUUCAGAGAGCAUUCAGAAGCUUCAACUGAUGCAAAAUAUAGCUGCAUGGGCAGUUAUGUGUUUCUUUAGAGGACACAUGACAUGUUCUGUGAGCAGUGUUGGUUACCAGUUUGCUUCGGGGUCCAAUUUAAGGUGUUGGUUUUGACCUUUAAAACCCUAAAUAGCACAGGAGGUAAUCUGAGGGACUGCCACUCCUUGAUUACAUCUGCAUGUCCCAUCAGAUCCAGCAGAGAGGCAUGCUAUGGGUCCCAUCUGCCAAGGAAUUCCAUAUGGUGGGACUUAGGAGACAAGCCUUUGCUGCCUCGGUACCCACUCUUCGGUAUAUCAUUGCCAAAUCCUUAUGGCCUUUGGGAAUGCUCUUAAAACAGGAGUCUACAAUCCUCGAUCUGUGGACCGGCAGCGGUCUGCAUCAUCCAGAAACCGGUCUGCGCAAACAAGCAAAGCAGGCAGUAUAUGAAAACACGCCCCUCUGGUCCAUAGAAAAACCUCUCGCCAUGGAACCGGUCCCUGGUGCCCAAAAGGUUGGGGACCUCUGUCUUAAAACGUGGUGAGGGGUUUUUUUUCCACCAGGCUUGAGCAUCCCCUGACAGCAAGGAACCCAUGCAGUAGCUAUAUCGCAUUAAACUAUUUAUGAUUUUAAUUCUCUCAUGACCCUUGUUUUAUUAAUUAUUUUAAUAAAUUAUUGGUAAAUAAUUUAUUUAAUAAAUUAUUGGUUUCAUUGUAUGCUGCCCAGCUUGUGUGAGACGGGCAGCCAUAAAAAUUUGAUAAUUAAAUUUAUUCUGAAGAAAAUUAUAAUUCCUGAUCUUCCAUUAAAACAAUAUAAAGACUUUAAAGAGGUCACAUCUGUUCAUGUGAAAGUGAGCAGAAGAAAGCAUUUUGCUGUCAAUGUAUGUUCUUUCAAAACUUUUUCAUGAGAAAGAAAAGUUAAGAAUUACUUACAGUAUAUAAUUUUUCACAUGAUAUCACUGAAAGAGCAUUUCUUUUUUAAAAUGGAGGAAAUGUGAACUGAGGAACAGAAAUUCUGAGGGUGAAAGGUGCACAUUCAACAUUUCCUAGUCCCUCCUUUUAACCUGUAUUUUUUAUGUGAAAGAAGAAAGGGUAAUGUACCUGGAAAUGAUAAUUGUAUUUAAUUGAUCUAAUUUUUAAUAAACUUGAUUUAUAAAAAGCUGGUCCCUUUUAUUCUUAAUCUGCUCAGUUUUAGUGUGGAGCUCCCAUGUGACACUUGGGUACAAUUCUUGGUCCCAAAAAUUAGGCAUCUGUGGCAUUGAAUAAAACACUCUUACUAUUGUUA